ACAUUGUACAUCGACUCUACUCAUUUGAAAAAAAUAAACAAAAUGCUGAGUAUAAAAACUGGCGGUAACUUGCCAUUGGAAUAAACGAACAUUCAGGAGUCGAGUGAAAAAAAAAGAAUUGGUAGAAUUUGUAAAGAACGAAAAUGGGAUCCGUAGAAAUAGUAAUUAUUUUGGCGCUUGUUGCGUGUUUUCUAGUGCCUCCAGACGUUGAAUCGAAGGCCAUUAUGAAGCAGAGGAGUGGUGAAAAUUUCUCGCAGAUGACUGAAGAACCUUAUUACUGUGCUAAUUCUACACCUUGCGGAUGGGAAGUCUACAGGAAAUUUACACGGGAGAUUAUAUACUUCGUAAAAAGCCCAUGCGAAUGUAAAAAUGGAACUAGAUGUGUCCGUGCCAAGGACGACAUUUCUAUCUCAGCUUACGUCCACCACUGCCGGCUACUCGGAGAACGCGAUGUUUACUGGCCUUCAGCAAGCUACAGUUUACAGCCGAUUUCUGUCAGCCGGACCUAAGAAGGCCGUUGGCUAAACAAACACCGAAACUGUAUUCUUCAUUAAGGCAUUCGCAGUUUUGAUUCAUUUUUUAUUUUUAUUAUUUAUUGCUAUUUAAUUGAUUUGCAUUUGUGACUGUUAUGUAAAUAAGUGGGUGUCACUUCAUAAUCAUUAAAUUCUUAAUUGUUGUA